GGCACAGCCUGGGGAGUGCAAAGCCUCACGCUCUCUGGGGUACGCAAAGCGCAGGUGCGACUGGCUAGGGGAGCAGCUUCAUCCAGUAGCGGGCUUUUUGGCAGCAGUUUCGGCAACAGGUGUGCACAGGUCCCACCUGACUCCACCCUGGAAAGUCCUUUUGAAGAAAUGGCCCUGGUGAGGGGCGGCUGGCUGUGGAGACAGAGCUCCAUCCUCCGCCGUUGGAAGUGGAAUUGGUUUGCUCUGUGGUUGGAUGGCAUGCUGGGUUACUACCAUGAUGAGACGGCACAGGACGAGGAGGACCGUGUGCUUAUCCACUUCAAUGUUCGAGACAUAAAGGUCGGCCAAGAGUGUCAUGAUGUGCAGCCCCCAGAGGGCAGGAGCCGAGACGGUCUGCUGACAGUGAACCUGCGGGAGGGUUCACGCCUGCACCUGUGUGCAGAGACCCGGGAUGAUGCCAUAGCAUGGAAGACAGCAUUGUUGGAGGCGAAUUCUACCCCGGCCCCAGCUGGAGCCACCGUCCCACCCAGGAGCCGUCCGGUUUGCCCUAAGGUCAGGUGUACGACCCUCUCUUGGAACCCCUUUAAGGUUGAGAGGCGGAUCUGGGUACGCGUCUACAGCCCGUAUCAGGACUACUAUGAGGUGGUGCCCCCCAACGCGCAUGAGGCAACAUAUGUCCGCAGCUACUAUGGGCCUUCUUAUGCAGGCCCUGGUGUGACACAUGUGAUAGUGAGAGAGGAUCCUUGCUACAGCGCGGGCGCCCCUUUGGCCAUGGGCAUGCUUGCUGGGGCUGCCACAGGUGCUGCUCUUGGUUCUCUCAUGUGGUCGCCUUGCUGGUUCUGAGCCCUGGGGCUCCGACUUCUGGACCUCAACAUAGAACACAAGACCCCUUUCUUCGUGGACUACCCAUUUAAACCCUGUCUCAUUUUGACCUUUCCCUCUCUAUUAAGCUCUCUACGCCUAGCCCAUUCCACCACUUAUCCUCCUUCCCUCUCAGAGGAAGCUAACAUUUCAGGCAGACUUGGCCGAAAUCCUUACCCCUAUUGCCAGACACCCCCAUAAAUCACAAACAGAUCUAUUUCUUCUAGAUACAGCAAACAUGAUUUCAUUUAGCUACAAGUGUCUGAGGGAUGGCUAUCACAAGAAAAAACAAAGCUACAGUUAUCAGUCUGACUAGGACACAUGCAAGGAGCAAGGCUGGGUUCUGUUGGCAGCAAGAAAGGGCAGAGAACAUCCUUACAUGUCCAAAGAAUCAACAGAGUUGGCUUGGUAUUGAAGCAGGGUUUGGACUGUAGUGUCCUCCAGGCUAAGGAGGAGCUUGCUUGAUAUGGAGGAAAGUUUCAACUAUAAUGAAUAUCUUGCCUCUUUUGUUAGUACUAGCACAUAUCGUUACUCCAUACACCAAGUUGUUUUCAUUAGGAAAUGCCUGAUACCAUGAGCUCAGUUCUGUUGCUGUGACUGUUACCAUCUGCAGCUUUUCCUCUUCCUUUACUCUGGCCCACUUUGGCACCAGCAUGGGGAACUCAUGUGCCUGCCUGUAGGUGGCAAGCAAUCUCUCCACUUGCUCCUGGUUCCAGACUCUUCCACUACCCUGUCCCAGAUGCCAAUAGAAAAGCUAAAAUUUCUGGCCCCAGUGGCCAGAGUAUCCACUAAAGUUCCCUGUAGAUGAGAUAGGGCUCCAUUGGCUCUCUGCAGAUACUAAUAAAGACGUGACUGUUCCCAGAA